GAUGAAGAAUAAAACCUCACACCUGAGCUCAGAGCCUGUUUUGACCCUCGAGCAGACUACAUUACCCAGAAUCCUCAGCUGAAAACAGUCAACACGGGCAGCACGUGCCUCAUCAUGGCGGCCCCCGUUAAAAAGAUGGUCGGCGUCUGUGAGGACUCGAGCAGCAGCGAUGAUGAGGAGCUCAGGAGGUGUCAGGAGGCCGUGUGGGACGCACGGAGCGACAGGACGGAAGGUGGAGACGUCAGGGCGCAGCAGUCAAAGCGUGCUGUCGUCGCUGACCACGAACACGACGGGAACGAGCUCCAGGUCUCUCAGGGCUUCCGGGCGCACGUCGCUAAGAAGCUGGGACACCUUCUCGACAGUUGCAUUGCAGAGGUACAGACUGAAUCUUCGUCCUGCGUGGAGGCGGUGAAACGUGAUGAAGAUGAAGGAUUCCUUCUGUUUUCUACGUCAGUCCCGGGACGGCCGGCCGAGGAUCCUCCGGCUCCUGUGAGGCGUCGGCCUGCUCCCAGCUCGAGCGACAGCGACAGCGAGAUGGAAACGAGACUGAAGGAGGCAGCCGUGUCCGUCAGAGACCUCCUACCCUCAGCGUCCUCCACUCCCUCAGCAGAGCCUCCGCGUUCAGACAAACCCAAGAAGAAGAAGAAGAAGAAGAAGGAGGUGGAGGAGGAACUGGCAGAGGGAGAGGAGGCUCACGUUGUCAAGAAGAUGAAAAAGAAGAAACCGAGUCGAGAAGAGAGCGACUCUGCAGCUUCUCUUCACGUCCAAAGCGACGGUGAGCUCGGCAGCUCAGAGCGGGAAAACGUGCAGGAGGUCAAAGUGAAGCAGAAGAAGAAGAAGAAGAAGAAGAAGCGAGAAGGAAACACGGAGGAAGAAGCUUUGAACUGAAUCUUUUCUGACUGAUCUUUCAUUAUGGGAUGCUUGUCUGUCUGCUCGGACACGUGAAAGCUGCUCAUUGAGGGAGCGUAUGAGGCUGUGACACACAACAUGCAGGCAACGUGUUGUUUACAAGUUUCAUCUUUAUGUACAAUUUCUGAGCAUCACUAAACAUUUUAAUAAAAAUACAUUUCGGUGUUGAUUUUCA